AUGACGAGCACUGUUGGUAUUGACUUAGAUAUUCCUAGCACGAAUCUGAGUUGGUUAGAUGAUAGAACAUCAUUAAGCUUCGAUUAUCUACAAGUAAAAUUUCAAGACAAAGAUUUCAGUGUACGUGUCAAUGGGCCAUUGACAGCACCAAUCUACAAGUUCCUUAAAGCAAGUAAAUUUGGAUUCUUAGGAUCAAGGAUAAAGUGGAAUUUUACGAAGUUUUUAGUUGAUAAAGAUGGAAUCGUCCUUCAACGCUACAGCACAACCACUUACCCCAGAGCUAUUGAGGAUGAUAUAAAGAAAGCAUUGGGAGAGAUGUGA